CUAGAAAUUUUCAUGGAUCAUAGUUGAUUAAAGAACACCUGGGAGAAGUGGAAUAUAAGGAUGCACCACAUACCAAAGGCUACUGCCUGAAAAAGAAAGUGAAGCAUUUUAGUGAAGCACAUGCAUGGCUGUCUCUGAAGAAAUUCUUAGUUGGAAAAACGCACUCGGAAUCUCGUUAGUAUAAGGAUAUCACCCUUGAGAUUGUGAACCAAAAGCGAGAUGGAUGGACUCUCCCCAUGUCUUCAUCUUCCCUUUUCCCCUUAAACUCACCGAACUUCUCUGCCUUGGAGGCCUCCAAGUCACCUUCCUUAAUUCCAAUUCUAAUUACCACCGUCUUCUCUGUUACUCCAGUAGUAUUCUGGACAGAUUCACCCGCUAUCCCGGCUUCCGUUUUGAAACAAUAUCUGAUGGGCUUCCGAUGGAGCACCCGCGCACCGACCACAAGGAUAUCUUCGACGGACUCAGAACUACAACCAAACCACUUUUCAGGGAGAAGAUGAUUUCGUGGUGUCAGAGUUCUGAAACCCACCCACCGGUGACCUGCAUCAUAGCAGAUGGGAUCCUGACUUUUGCUAUUGAUGUUGCUGACGAAGUGGGAGUUCCCAUUAUUAUUUUCCGUACUGCAAGUGCUUGUUCCUUCUGGGCAUAUUUCUCUUUAGAUCAACUCAUUGAAGCUGGCGAAUUCCCCUUCAAAGGUACCUCUUUUUUUCCUUCCCCUGCUUAUUGUCUUUUCUUUUGCUACAUCUACAAAUUACAUGGUUAAUGGGCAAAAUAUAGAUGAUGAUCUGGAUCGGCUAGUAACCAGUUUGCCUGCAAUGGAGGGAUUUCUCCGACGACGUGACCUACCCAGUUUUUUUCCGGGCCAAUAACGUGGAUGAUCCAUCUCUCCAAUUGGUCCUGAAAGAGCUUCCACAAACAGCACGAACCAACGGUCUCAUAACACCUUUGAAGAUCUAGAAGGACCUGUC